GAGUGACGGCCGGGCCGGGCCGUGCCGUGCUGUGCCGGGCCGGACCCCCGCCCCCCCCGGCUCGGCUCGGCUCGGCUCGGCGGCGGCUGUGGUCCUGUUUCGGCAUAAGAGUGAGAUUCACAGGACUGCUCUAAGAUGUCUUACAGAAAGGAGCUAGAGAAAUACCGAGACCUGGAUGAAGACAAGAUUCUUGGUGCCCUGACGGAGGAGGAGCUCAGGAAGCUGGAGAAUGAACUGGAAGAGCUGGAUCCUGAUAACGCAUUGCUGCCGGCGGGGCUCAGACAGAGGGAUCAGACGCAAAAGCCACCAACCGGCCCAUUCAAAAGGGAAGAACUCAUGGCCCACCUGGAACAGCAGGCAAAGGAUGUUAAAGACAGAGAAGACUUGGUUCCUUUCACAGGCAAAAAGAGAGGGAAAGCUUGGAUCCCCAAGGAGAAGCCGAUGGAUCCUGUUCUGGAAAGCGUGACUCUGGAGCCGGAGCUGGAGGAAGCCCUCGCUAAUGCCUCUGAUGCAGAGCUCUGUGACAUUGCUGCCAUCCUUGGCAUGCACACCUUGAUGAGUAACCAGCAGUACUACGAGGCGCUGGGGAGCAGCACUAUCGUGAACAAAGAAGGGCUUAACAGCGUGAUUAAACCCACGCAGUACAAGCCAGUUCCUGAUGAGGAGCCAAACUCGACGGACGUGGAAGAAACUCUGAAACGAAUACAGAACAAUGAUCCUGACCUCGAGGAAGUCAACUUUAACAAUAUUAUGAAUAUUCCCAUACCAGCUUUAAAAGCCUGUGCUGAAGCACUGAAGACUAACACCUAUGUGAAGAAGUUCAGCAUAGUUGGAACGAGGAGCAACGAUCCUGUUGCUUUCGCGCUGGCAGAAAUGCUGAAGGUCAACAACACGCUGAAGAGCCUGAACGUGGAGUCAAACUUCAUCUCUGGGGCCGGCAUCCUGGCUCUCGUUGAAUCGCUCCAGGGUAACACAGCCCUGGUGGAGCUUCGAAUUGACAACCAGAGCCAGCCCUUGGGCAACAACGUGGAAAUGGAAAUCGCAAACAUGCUGGAAAAAAACACCACCCUGCUGAAGUUUGGGUACCAUUUCACCCAGCAAGGUCCCCGGCUCCGUGCGUCCAAUGCCAUGAUGAACAACAACGACCUCGCUCGCAUUCAUCGGUGUCAUGGUCUCUGGCAAUAGCUUCUCAGCUCUGCACCUGGACAACGUAUAAUGAGGAAGAGGAGACUUGCGGAGCUGAACGGGCCUAUUUUUCCCAAGUGCAGAACUGGAGUGUAGUUCCUGGCUACGGAGAUCAUCCCCAGUGAUCUGUGCUACACUGUGGAAAGCCAAAGGCAAAAGUGCCUUGACAGAGUAUGUGUGGUGCCUCGGUUCUGUUUUAUGCACUAACGGUUUAAGUUAACUAGUGGCUGUAGUAGAAGAUUUUUAUCCAUUAGGACUGUUGGUGUUUUCUGUAGAGUUGGAAACUAUUCAAGCCAGUAACAACCUGACAAUUUUAUGCAAUCUCGGUUU